AUGCAGUUACGGAAAUGGGGGCCCACGUCCUACGCUGAGCGGCUGCCAAGCGGUCGGCCUCUCAAGGUGCACAGAGAUGACCUGCGUUUGGUGUCGGACGGUGUCAAGGACACUGGAGGCUUGGCCCAGGGGCGAGUAACACCCAAUCCAACACCCACAACCCCAGUUAUCCCCAACGAGGACCCUGAGGCCACUGGAACUGAGUUCGUCACUAGCUCUCCGGCGACGGGGGAAAGGGAGGUGAAGCAACAAGCAUCUUAUCUGGCUUCCCGCACGAAGCCGUUCAACUGCCGCGCUCAGAGGAAAGCACCUCUGCACGUACCAAAACCGCUGAUACUGGCUGCUGGAGGGGAAGAAGCUUUGACAGCAGGUUCAGCCAGCUGCGAGGAUCUCAUCACGUUUUGGAAGAGGCUGCCGGCGACGGGCCGCGACGAGGCGGGCAGGGUCGUGUUCCUGCUGUCGCGCGCCGACGGCGAGGAGUUCGGCCUGCACCGCCUGCGGCCGCUCGUGGAGGACGUGUUCGACAGCCACCCGGGCCUCGCCCGCCUCAGGCGCGAGGGCGGCCGCCGCCACCACUACGUCGCCACCGCAAGCUACAUAGAACCCGUGCUCGCCGUGGUGGCGUACCGCGUGUGCCGCGGCUGGGCGGGGCGGCGCGCGGGCCGGGUGGCGGCGGCGGAGCUGCGCAGGUCCGACCUGCUGGCGGCGGUGCGCCGCCUCCAGGAGCCCCGCCACCACCACCACGACGGCGACGUCGACGUCGACGCGCUGCCCUACUUCGGCGUCCGGCAGCACGCCGUCACGCGCCGCGCCUUCCUGGACCUGCGGCGGCCCGGCCUCAACCACGUGGACCGCCGCCGGCUGCGGAGAUACGACCGCGGCGGGCUGCCGCGCAGAGUGGUGGAGCGCGUGUUCGAGGUUGGCACCUCUGCCGGCGGCGGCCAGGGUCGCAUGACGUACCAGGAGUUCGUGUGGUUCCUGCUGGCGGAGGUGGACAAGCAGCACCCCGCAGCCAUCGAGUUCUGGUUCAGGUAG